CGGAUCACCCGGCUCCAUCGGGGAGUGUUAAGAUCGGCUCACCUGGUCGGGCGCCAGGGAGAAAAUGUGAACUCUUUAAAGAGCAUGGAUAUAUCUCGUCAACAAACCUUUAUCCAUCAUCUGUCUAGCACAUUGUUUGUACAACCUCAACCUGUGAACGCCUUUACAGCCAAGUACUCACCGUACCACCGUCGCAAGAUGAAGUCUUUAGCUGUUUUCUCCCUUACUGCCGCCCUUGUCAGUGCAGUCAGCAUGGAGCCCUAUAAGCCUGCCGCAGGGGUUGAUCCGGCCUUUGCCAAGUUUGUGGAGGAGUACUACCUUACAUCCGAAGACAAGGAGGCAACCACCUCAUUUACGAACUUCUGGCCUGCGGACGGCAAGCUCAUACUUGCUGGACGCACGUUCUCCGGGUCUUCAGCCAUGCUGGGUGUUAAACAAGGAUUGCUUCCGCCCGCUGGGAACAAGUCAUGGUGGCAUUUGAUCCGCGGUGCCACUGUAGCUGAUGAGACGGAGGCAGAGAAGAGGUUUGUUGCAGAUAUUGUGAUCCAGACGACAUAUGUAGGAGGCAACUGCUCGCAAGCGUACGGUAACGCGAGCUUUACAAUCUUGAAGGACGGGCAAGGCAUACCGAGACUGGAACCUCAUUCCGAGAGCCUCAGCGUGUACAACCUUACCGUUUCAACAACAGAUUCGCCCACGGACAUCCCAUGCAGCUCAUCUUGAGAAAAUAAGACACAGAGAGCAGAGGUUGAGGGUUUCAAAGGAGUACAUGAUCUGCUCAUAGUGAGCUGCUGAGUCAGCAGGGAUCCUGCUCCUCUAGAUGAGCCUCCCCUCACCCUCACUGGUAUCAUCUAGAUGGAGCAGAGGUAGCAUCUUUCGUGAUGGCUUUGACAACCUAAACUGGAGGGCGCCGCUCCCCGAAACGAACGGUGUGGAACAUAGUGUAGCUGCAUGAGAUCCGUCUUGGACGGUGAAAGUGGCUGUUAGCGUAAUGGACGUUUUCUGGGGCUGAUGAUGCCCUAGGGUGUGCCUUCAAUAAUAAUCGCGAUCCAGGCAUCAAUAUGUUUGCAGAAGAUUUCCUUUCUUCUUCAUAUCUUUUGUUCUUACUUUUUAAGUUCUUGUUAGGACUUUUAGUCUAUAGGUCCCCUCUAUUACUUAUCAGAAAAAAGAGAUCAAUUUAGAG